AUGUCAUCGUCUGCUGCUGCUGCUGGUGCUGCUGCUGCCGGUCAACAACCACCGCGGCCACAGUCGUCAGCGAAUGCGCCCACGUACUUUGAGACGCAGCGGGAGGAAUUGGUUAGGGAGAUUGCAUUGAGCCUCGAACAAGUCCUCCAAAACAUCAACCGGCUGAACCGGAAUCUGGAAAGCGUCAUCACCGUCGGCAACGAAUUUUCCUCCGUAGAGGCGCUAUGGUCGCAAUUCGAGACGGUGAUGGGGCUUGGUAAUAACAAUAACAAUAACGACAUCGACAACGACAAUGAGAAUGAGAAUGAGAAUGAGAAUGAGGGUCAUGGUGAAGGUGCGCAACAUGACGACCAUGAUCAUGAGGAUGGUGAGAGAGGUCGUGGACACUGA